AUGAAGCUCUUUUUACUUCAUUAUUUGUUGAGAUUUGGCGAGUCGCUAGACAGAGAAUGCCUCGAUCGAAACGAUCCUCUUGGCAAAAACUACAACGGAGUUCAAAGUACAACUGGCGCAGGCCUUCGAUAUCCACAGCGAAAAUGCGGCAUGUGGAAGCCUCGAAGCGGCAUGUUUCACAAUUACUGUAGAAAUCCAGAUAACAGCCCACAGUCCUGCGGCAAGAUUUCUGGAAUUUCCUGCAUUUGCGUUGGAAAACGCUCCGGUCCAAGAUGCAACUUCAAAGAUCCGAAUGAUCAAUUUUCGCACCAGCGAGCGGCUUUGACAUUCAUCGAAAACGGAGAAAUCGCGAAAGAAACCUUCGAAACAUGUCCUGAUCAUUAUCGCCGGAAGCGACGAUCAGUGGAUUACGAUAACUUAUACGGCGACGAUGGUGAACAAGAACAAUCGCACGAGUACGACAUCGGAGAGGAAGAUUACUCGGACGAACUGUCGGAUGACUACAUCGAUCAGCAUUACGACGAGCUGGAGGAGAAAUAUGAUGCCUACAGAGCCGAGAAAGAUGCAAAGAGAAAUUCAUCGCAGCACAUUGUCGCUGGACAUCGUCGAGUCCACAAUGGAGAAGAAGGGAUUUUCCCUUUUUUCGUCGCAAUUCGGACUUCUACAAAUGUCCAUUUCUGCGGCGGAGCAUUGUACGAUGAAAAUACAGUUAUAACAGCAGCUCACUGUUUCGCCGACCGAGGAACCAGGGCAUCUCGAUUUCGAGUGACAAUGGGCCACAGGCAAAGAAAAUGGAGAACUGCAAGAAGAGAAAAUGGAUUUCAAGAGUUUCGAGUCAAAGAAAUCAUCAUGCAUAAGCGAUUCCAACACGGUGAUUUUUUGAAUGAUAUUGCGAUUGUGAAGCUCAGUAAAUCAGCGAAAUUCACCGAAUUCGUCCGACCAGUUUGCCUGCUCCCGGAUUGCUACGAGCUUCCACCUGGUACCACCGCCAUCGUAGGCGGCUGGGGGAAGAACGAAGGAGACGAGUUCACCCAAGUCUUCAAUUUCGCCACCGCCCAUGUUUUUGACAGCGAAGAGUGCAACAGAUUCGCAGGCGCGGAUUACACCAGAAGGGACGGAAGCCAACUUUGCAUUGGGUACAAGGAAGGAGGGAUUGAUACUUGCCAGGGCGAUUCUGGAGGACCUGCAAUUGCGAAUAUCGAUGGCAGUUGGACCUUGAUUGGCGUCGUUUCUUACGGCGAUGGCUGUGGGCAAUUCAACAAACCAGGAGUUUUCACGAACAUAAUUCAUCGAUCUAUUUCCGGCUUCUUGAAAGCAAACUUGUGA